AUGGAGAGGUACGACUGGCCCCUGGGUCGCGAAGACGCUACACUUCAGACGAUCUGGUCUGGUCCCACGGGACUUGGCUAUGUGAACGGCGACGUUGGCAAGGUCGCCCGAAAGCCGGUGCUCGCCUUCACUCCGGAGUCUAGGAUCAAGAAGAUCAACAACGAGUACUGUCGCUUCAAGGAGAUCGAGGAGUUCAACGCCAAGGAGAUCGAGGAGCUCAACGCUAAGCUCAACGCUCAGCGUCGUGCUGCAGGUACUGUUGGACCAGUCCGACAGUCCGGCUCAGACACCGAUAUCCCACCUGUGGGGUCGGUACCUGCAUUUUGGAGCGAUUUCGCCCUUGCGUGCGGGUGCGAAGCACGCGAACCGAAAUUGAGCGACGCUCAGCGACGAAGUGCACUCAGCCCAGAGCAGCGCAUCGGAGCACUUCGAGCGGUAGCGCUGAGUCCUGUACAGUGGAGCUCUGAUGUCGAGGCAGGCGUCGAAGGUCGUCCUGCGAGCUUCACAAGCAUAAAAAGGCCCCAUCUGAACAUUGCGUUUGAUCUCGACCCGCCAGAACCACUCUCCUCGACCAGCUGCGAUGGCUCAUCGCCUUCUUCGGUCUCGGUAAGCCUUGCUUCACACUGUACGGACGCCCGUUGGGCUGCUGCUUCGGAUUACGAAAACACCGAGACCUUCUUCCUGUCCAACACCAACAUCAACAAGGACGACGUCAAUACCCCUCGUGACUUCGUGAGCAAGAUCCCGGACAUCCAGAAUAACGACCCGCUGUGCUUCGUCGGCAAGAUCAUCGUCGGCGAGAUAUCUCGCACCUAUCCCAACACUGACCACAGGACUAUGACCAUCGUUAUGACGAUCGUCAUAGGCUUGUGGUCGGUGUCCGGAUACGUGCGAAGGAUCUCGUUCACGAUGAUCUUGCUGACGAAGUUCAGCAGUGUCGCCAUUGCCGAAGUACGCCGUGGGCAAUUGCAUCUCCUCAUCCCGUGGUGA